AUGCCUCCCAAGCGACCCCUCUCAUCCAUUAUCAACGAACGUCAACAACUGUCUUCCGAAGGAACGUCCUCGAAAAAGACAAGAAACUCUACGAAGGCCCUCCAGGAAAUCAUAACCGACGAUGCUCCCCUUAGCCCUGCUCCUGAUAGCCCAGCAGGUUCAGUCGACGCUCCGAGGAGUGAGCACGGCAAUCUCUCCGCAACUGUAUCCGGCAGCGGGGACUCCCGAUCUGAGGACAGUAACCAGCGCAGUGAACCAUCGACAACAAACUCGCCAGCCAAAGAUAACUCCCGAGCGCAAAAUAAUGUUUCCGGCGAGGGGAACUCGGCAUCAGGUUCAAGAGAGCCCGAGCGCGCGGCACCAUUGUCAAACACUUCCCCAAAUAAUGAACCCCCAACGCAUGCCGGGACUUCUGCCGCUCAGCGACAGUCGCUAUCCAGUGAUACUCUCAACCCCGAUGGUACCGAACAGGACGACCCAACAUUUGACCCUUCAACGUCUGCUUCGGAUCCCGCUACGUUAGAGGAAAUAAUCACUUCAUAUGAAGUACCCGAGCACUUCAACGAGACCCUUCAACGACGAGUCAGAGCCUUGCUUCUCUACCGCAAUCAAGGAGAUAGCCUCUUCUCUUUGUCGUACCUUCCUUGGACGCAAGUCUGUUGGGGAUCCUGGGAGAAUGGAACCGCCAACAGACUUUGCAUUCGAGGUCAAGAGUCCACCGCGAUCACAGUCUGGCUGAUAGGACACCUCAAUCGACUCCAUAUGUUUGAGGACGACGGAUCUUUCAAGCACAAGGUUUCUAUUUCUGUAACUCUGUUAACGAAUCAUAUGCUACGCUCGGGGUUCAAAGUCUUGACGGAGCUCUCCAAGCCGCCCGAACCCGUGGAUACGAGUUUUCGGCGUAUCAACGCCUCGCGUUGGUUGACAUCACGUAGGCCUGGACAACGAGAAAUUCAUGUGGACGCCUUCCACGAAUGCUACGAUGCCACUCGGCGAUAUCAGACGAAGACCUUGAUGCCUCAUAAAGAUGUCGAAGACUUAAAGGAGGGCGAUCUGGUCCUCGUCGAAGCUCAGAUAUCCCGGUUCAGUACGUCGACAGAUUACAGAAGUCGACCACAGGCAAAGGACAAGGCCAAAGCUCGGAAUAGAGGGUUCGUUGAAUGGAAGGCUAUGUUCGAGCUGUCGUCUGUUUCCCUCCUCAGAGAGCGCCCAGACAUUGCUGAGCAACCGUCACGAGUUAUCUCGUCUGUCACUCACUUUACGGGGUCGAUUUAG